AUGGAGGCCCUCUCCCCGCGUUCAACAAACCAGAUGAUCAAACCAAAGCUGGCCAUGGACGGCAAACGUUUUGAUAAAAAUGUGGCCCCUCCAAGUAACCAGCAAAAAGCUGCAGUCUCCAAGAACCAUGCCGACCCACCGCCGCCCGUUGUGACAGAGCCGGAGGAUGGCGGGGAGCAAUAUGCGAUCGGUGGAUUCCUGGGAAAGGGCGGCUUUGCAGUGUGCUAUGAGGGCUCAUUAGCACGAAACGGGCGAGUCUUCGCGAUGAAGGUCGUCAAGUCGGAGAUGCCACAAAAGAAGAUGGAGGAAAAAUUUCGAACCGAACUUCAAAUCCACUCCAAAAUGCGCCACCCCUUCAUCGUACAGUUUUAUCGCGCCUUCGCCUUCGGCUCUAGCACAUAUGUCGUCCUGGAGCUGUGCCCGAACGGAUCGGUGAUGGAUAUGGUGCGGAAGCGCCGCUGCCUGAGCCUGCCAGAGGUUCGUCGGUUGAUGAUCCAGCUUUGCGCCGCUGUUAAAUAUCUUCACAAACGAUUUGUUGCACACCGAGAUUUGAAGAUGGGAAACUUGUUCUUGGACCAUAAUAUGAAUGUCAAGGUUGGAGAUUUCGGUCUGGCAGCAAUGAUUCUCUCUGAUAAAGAUGCCAAACGACGAAAUACUCUGUGUGGUACACCCAAUUAUAUCGCACCAGAAGUGCUGGAUAAAAGCAAGGGCGGUCAUACCCAAAAGGUUGACAUUUGGUCCUUAGGAGUGAUAUGCUUUGCCAUGCUCACAGGAUACCCGCCAUUCCAAUCGAAAACGCAGGAGGAGAUAUACAAAAAGGUCCGGAACCUGAGCUAUGUGUGGCCGAAGGAAUCGGACACGAACAACUUCAUCCCCGAGGAAGCAAAGGACCUGGUGGCCAGCUGCUUGAACCUUGUUGACGAAGAACGACCAGAUCCGGAUGAUAUCGUCGAGCAUCCAUUCUUCAACAUGUACGAUGGUUGCAUUCCGCGCCAACUGGACCCCUCAUGUCGAUUCAACAAACCGUUAUGGCUCAAAGAUGCUUCCCCGCGAGGUGAUGCCGUGGUGAGCGGCUACGGGCUGGACUCCGAUGACAAGCUGCGAGCCUAUGUGUACCAGGUAGACGACCCUAGUCAGCGAUAUCAUUCUUGCAGAGCUGCAUUUUAUUCUCUCUGCGGAGUGGGGCGGAAACCUGACGGCAUGGCUCGCAAAUCAGUUGGCAGGAAUUGCUCCAAGUCUGCGUUCUCUGAGUGUGAUGUAGAGGAUUCCAGAGGCUUACGGCCAGUGAUUCCCUUGGCAUCUGACUAUGUUUACCGAUGGCCACACGAUUUCGACGGAGACUGGUGCACGAUGGAGAACGCUCGGAAGGUGGCUCGAGGUGAGGAGUCGAUGCUCAACAGUAGCACCAUGUCCACGAUGUAUGCGCGAAGCGUCCCGGCCCGCCCUAACCCUGUGGUGGCAUCGCGUACCAAUGCUGCCUUGGCUGCCGCUCAACAGCGCCGACUCGAAGGACAGAGCCAUGCCGCAACACUUCGACAGCAAGCUCGUGUACCACCUAUGUCUCCACGAAGAGCGCCUGGGGUGAUCGAUCCUCCAUCGUCAAGGCCCUAUCGCGACAUGGCGCCGCCUGAGGCAAAGCCCGCCAUGGAGAGGGAGGUACCGACUGGAGGGCUUGCAGAGCGGCCUAUUCGAACUCGGCGGAUGGCAUCUGCAUCGCAGGCCAGCACUCUUCGGAGCAAAGACAUGGAGAUUGCCCCCCAACUAACCAAGUCAACGAGCAUGCCGAAUGGCCUGACUGUAGGCAAAACUCGCUCUCAGUCUCGAAGAUUGGCGGCCGCUGACCAGGAGUUGCCACAGCCUUCGAUCCAAACCAGAGAACGGCAGCCACUUACAAUGGUAGAGGAACGGAAACCGCCAGCUACCCGUCAAGCAUCUCUCCGGUCUUCGUCUCGGGCAGACCCGAAACCUGCGUCAUCCCGAAUUGAGAAACGGAUCAAAAGUCCUGUAGAAGAGACUGCUCCUUCUUCGUUAGCGCAAUCGAAGUCCUCGUCUGACUCGCAGGGUCUCGGGCGGUCGAACUCCAACGGCAUCAGUCGAUCAAACAGCAAGACAACCAGUCGUGCCCGCUCUUCCCUGGGAGUGAGUCCACUAUUCCACCCCGAAGACCUUUGCGAGCUCCUUCCCAGAACCUCCCUGACCGAAGUCAACACCGACUUGCGUCUUAUGCUGUCCAACUUGGUCAAUCACGCACCAAGUAGGCGGAGAGGUGGUGCGCGAAAACAACCCCACGCGUAUGUCAUCAAAUGGGUCGACUACACUAAUCGCUAUGGCAUUGGCUAUGUGUUGGAUGACGGAAGUGUUGGCUGUGUCUUCAAAGGUGAAAAUGGCCAGCCGGCAACGAGUGUUGUCCUGCGGGAUGGCGAAAGACACAUCCGUCGCAAGGCGCGCAGUGUUGAUGAUGAGAAAAGCGAUCAAAAACCAAUAUACUAUUCCGAGGCGGACCAACUUGUUCCUCGCACCGGUCCAUCAGUGGAAUUCUAUGAAAAUCGGGAUGAUGAACUGCUUGGCUGCCGCGGUAUCCGACGAGCCGUGGUCUCGCCUACGCUCUUUGAUGUGAAAACCUCUCGGGCGAUGCGAGUUCGAUCCAGCGCCGGCACCGAGUCUGAGCGGGCCGAUGCAGAGAAGAUCAAGCGCAUGAAGCUCGUGGACCAAUUUGGCAAAUACAUGAUCGGGGCCCUCGGUCGCCAUGGCGACGAAGGCAUCAUGGACGCUGAUUUGCCUCAACAUAAUAGUGCCCAGUUCAUCAAAUUCUACCAGCGUCUGGGCAAUGUUGGAAUAUGGGGUUUCGGAGAUGGAGCUUUCCAGUUCAACUUCCCCGACCAUACGAAGCUGGUAAUUUCGCCCGGUCGCACUCGCAGCUCCUCCCCGUGGAUUGAUUUCUAUCACCUUUCUCCCUCGGCUGCUCGCUAUUUCACCACCAAAGGCAAAAUGCAUCCCGCAGGCUUUGACACCCGCGCUGUCGCGUCUGACGAGGCUGCCACGUUCCUCAGCAUUGCCAACGGCGACUCCCUCAAUUCCAUGGAGGAUCGUAUUCGUGAUAUCCUCGACGCGAACGCCUUCAUUCAAAAAAUCGCCUUUAUCAAAGAUACCCUCAGGGUCUGGAUCAAAUUCGGACGUUUAGGCGGUCGCCCACCCUCAGUUGAGUCCUCCGAUUCAAUGCCCGAUGAAUCCUUCUGGCAAGGAACCCAAGAACGCCCACAACCAAAGUCCCCCGGCACCAAGUUUGUAUGGGUGACCGUGGGCGCCCCGGAUGGCGAUGGACACUAUCGGUCCGUGAUGGUCCAAGAUGAUGUCCGCGCAGUAGAAAAGCGCGGGAUGGAUCAUGACAGGGAGAUGGACCUGUUGAAAGAUCGUCUCCAUGCGCUGCGUUGA